AUAAUAAUAAUAGCAAGUCACAUUUGUCUUAUCUAAAAAUCCAAUUCAACACGUGUGUAGUAAAACAAGUGAAAAAGUUUGGUUAUAUUUUGAAUAAUAGUGAACAUAUUUAAAAAAAAUAAAUAAUACAAAAAUGGAUGAAGCAAACAAUACUGAUUCUGAUAAACAAGGAUUUAAACGUAAAAAGAAACGUUCUGCAAAUCAAAUGGCAAAAAAACUAAUACGAAGAAGCGCUAGAACUUUUAAUAAUGAUCUUGAACAGGAUACUUAUCAAUAUUUGAUUAGAAUAUUAGAAGUUUUAAGGACAGAUUUUCCAACAAUGGAUGAUAAAUUAACAUUUGUAUAUAAUGUUUAUGAUCAAAUGGUAGGUCAAGAAAUAGAAUACUCAAAAAAUCAAACAGGCUCUCGAGUUAUAGAUUCAUUGAUGGAUUAUGCUAGUUUUGAGGUAAUCAAACGAUUUUCAGAUGCAUUUACUCCAUCCUUACGUUUACUUUGUUGUGACAGGUUUGCCAGUCAUGUUCUAGAAAAAAUAAUCCGUGUAUGUGCUGAUCGCGGUAAUAGAAAUGAAGAUGAUUCCGAAGAAUUAAAAGUAAAAAAAGAAGAAGCUGUUGAAAUUGCUCCUGAUCAAGUUGAUGAGUAUAAUCAGAUAGCGUUGAAAUUAUGCAAAUUUACAAUUAAUAAUUUUGAAGAAUUUGUCUAUUUGGAUUAUGCUAAUCAUGUAUUGAGAACUGCUAUUGAAUGUCUUGGAGGUUUAUUCAAUAAAAUUGAUGAUAAAAAUAAUAACAAUAAUAGGUAUCAACCACGAAGAAUAGUUAAUCAAGAUUAUAUAGACUUAUUGAAAAUUUCUGGGAGUAGACUAAUGAACUGGCCACAAUUUCGUGAAUUUGGUAAAGACAAUUUAACAAGUGGACUUCUACAGGCAUUAUUGUGCAGUAUACAAGACGUUGAUUCUAAAUUAAACUCCAAAAUUAUUGAAAAAAUAACUAGUGAUUGUUUCACCGCUAAUACUGAUGAUUCAUUAUCAAAUAUAUUUGAUAAAGAAUACUCAUUACGUUUAUUGGAAACGUGCUUAAUGGUUGCUACUCCAAAAAGAUUCAAGAAGCUGUAUACAAAAUAUUUUCAAGGUAAUUUGAAGAAAUUAUCGUUAGAAAAAGAUACCAAUUAUUGUGUACAAAAAUUGUUGAAUUAUUGUCUCACUAAAGAAGAGUUUGAAAAAAUUUUUGAUGAAAUAUCAGAAUACAUUUUGGAAAUAAUAAAUAAAGGAUUCAUGGGAGUAUUAUCAAGCCUGGCUAACGCAUGUCUACGAUUACAAUCUAAGCAAGGACCUUUUGUUAAUGCAAUUAGUAAAUCAUUGGGAUGUGAUGAGCCAGCAGAACGACAAAAACAAAUCGUACCGUUGAUUAGUCGGCUUAUUACUUAUGAUCAGUCGACUGCUGCUAAAAAGAACGACAGAUAUAAAAAUAUUUCUCUCAAUCUUCAUGGGAGUUUAAUAAUUCAAGCUAUACUCCAAUUCAAUAAACCGAUUAAAAUUGUUAAUUCAUUGCUUGAAAUGAAUGGAGAUGAACUCGCUGAUUUAUUUAGUGACCCUAAAGGAAGUCGGAUUCUUGAUGUUUUUAUGGAUAGUAAAUUUAUCGGUGAAAAAAGUAGGGAAAAAUUAGCUAAAUCAAUGAAGAAUCAUUGGAGUCAAUUGGCAUUAGGCAUUCAUGGAUCCCGGAGUCUUGAUAAAUUUUGGGAGUAUUCAAAACAAAAUCAACGAUUUAUUAUUAUGGAUGAGCUCAGCAACGCGGGACAAGAACUUAAAGCAUCAAAAAGUGGACGUAUUAUUUAUAAUAAACUUAAUGUUGCGGUAUAUUCACGUGAUAAAAAACUUUGGGUAGAGGCACAAGGAAAAGAUGAUAAAGCUAAAGCAUUAUUUGCAAAUAUUAUAUCAAAGACAGAUGAUAAAUUAUAAUUUUAUUAUAAAUAUUGUGUUUUUUGUGUUUGUAUAACUCUUUUGCAAAUAAAUUGUAUCGUCAAUUUUGAUUAAAAAAUGUAUUUUUCUCUACUUUUA